AUGUGGCGGCGCAUCCUUCGGCCCAUCUUGGGCUACUGCGUGGACAUUGUGGGCCGUGUGCUGAACAUUGGACGACCGCUGCUGGCGUACGCCCUGUUUGCCUAUCUGCUGUUCGCCAUUGUCGUCUUCGGCUCGGGCUUCCUCACUCACACCAUCAAUAACGCCCUCUCGCCCAUCUGUCGUAUUCCAGGCGUCACCCGCUUCUUCAACCCGUCUUUCUGUCCUCGCUUUACCGCCCCCGAAAUCUCUGGACCCGCGGAAUUCGAUAAGCUCAUUCAGGCGCAAUCCGCUUUCAACGAUGUGCUCGCCUCCUCAUCCACCGGCGUGAACCUCCCCCUAGACAUGAAGAGAAGCGAGGCCGGCAUUCGCGACCUCAAGCACGUGGUGGAGUACUCCUCCCUGCCCUCGAAGAACGAGCUCGUCUACGAAUUCGUCGGCUUCAUCGACACCGCGCGGCAAGCCUCCCAAGACCUCAGCAAAUUCAACUCGCGCAUCGGGCACGCCGUCGACCGCAUCCUCAGCACCAACCGCUGGACGCUAAGCGUCAUCGACGGCAUCUCCGACUCGGAAGCCACGCGCGGCAGCAUCGCCACCUUCCUCUCCACCCACCUCAACAUCUUCGCCCCCUUCCAGCCCGUGCCCCUCUCCCGCGACAUUCUCCUCGACCAGUACCUCAAGCACACCUCCGCCGUCGAAGAGCAAAUCCUCUCCCUCAUCACCGAAGCCCAAGCGCUCCUCAGCAUCCUCGAGAACCUCGACGGCCGGCUAGACAUCAUAGCCGGCGUCGCGACCCGCGACGGCCUCGCCGCCGAGGGCAACCGCGAAGAGCUCUUCGCCUACCUCUGGACCAAGCUAGGCGGCAACCGGUCCGCGGUGAAGAAACUCGACCACCAAAUCGACCUGCUGCGCAACGUGGGCCAGUACCGCCGCAUCGCAUGGGCCCACGUGACCAACACGAUCGUCAAGCUGCAGGCGAUUCGUGACAAUUUGGAGGAUCUAAGGGAGCGCGUCGCCAUGCCCGAGACGCUGGGCACGGAUCGCGUGCCGUUGGAGAUCCAUAUUGAGGCGAUCAAUUUGGGGAUCCAGAGGUUGGAGGAGCAGCGCGAGUCGAGUCGGAAGGUGGAGGCGGAGGCUUAUCAAAGGGUGUUGUCGAGGGCGGAGGCAGGGGAUGCGAAGAUGAUUGAGGGGAGGGAGCUGUGA